AUGGUGUUUUGGAACCAAAUCAUGCUGGUGUCUGCAUUGAUCAUCUUUUCUUGCCCUAAAGGAUUAGAAACACUAUCUUCACAGCACCUGUGUGGCUCUCACCUAGUAGAUGCUUUGUACUUUGUGUGUGGACCAAAGGGAUUCUACUAUUUACCUAAAGCGAAGAGAGGUGCAGAGCAGUUUCUAGCUUUACGUGGGGAAGAAUCCAUUCAAGAAAAUGAGAUUGGGCAUCAAAUUCCAUUCAAUAAACUGCUGGGUCGGAUGAUGAAGAGGGGGAUUGUGGAACACUGUUGUCACAAUACCUGUUCGCUUUUUGAUCUGGAAGGCUACUGUAACCAGUAA